AUGGUCACGGUGCCUCUUGAGUCGCAGGCGGGCGAGGCCAAAGAGGGUGAGGAGAAUGAUGCUUUGAGUGUAGCUGCAAGUUUUGGUUUUGAAGCAUCACUGCCUAGUGCACCGUAUUCUCAAAGUGUAGCGUCCAACGAUGGCGCUGGUGGUGGACCGUUGGUUUUACCAGAAGUGACAGAGCCUAGCACUAGCAGCAUUCCAGUGCGGAGUGCGCUGCAGAACGAAAAACUGGUGUCUCCUAUUCAGUUGGGGCUGCCAAAGCUUGACUUGGUUUCAGAGUUGUUCCGGCUGCCAGUGCUGGGACGUUUGUCACACAUUGAAGAUGCCAUGCACGACACGACAUUGAGUAUGAGGCCCACAGCUGAAGGAGUAUACAACAUGCCUUUUGCAAAGAGGCGACUGAUGACAUCCAAACUGGCCAAGUCAGAUGAUGCGAUGCUGACAUCAGCUCUGAAGAAGUUGCGGAACCUGGUGCUUUUUUGGCCUGAGGACAGCCGCUUGGGGAGAACCUUGUUGAGCUCAGCAGGGGCAGUUGUAGGAGAGGAUGUCUUACAACAAUCUCUGCGGGACUGCUUUGCUGGUAAAGCGGUUGCAACGCUUGUCAAGAGAGCUUCUGACUUCACUAGGUUUGCAGAAUUCCAAGUGACCUGCAACAAUGGGAGGCCGCUGAACCCAUCAGAGCAUGACUUGUAUGCCUACCUGUGCUACUUGCGUCAACAAGGAGCUGGGGCCACAGCAGGUGAAUCUUUCAUAUCUGCUUGGAAGUUCAUGCAACACACUGUGGGAGCUGGUGCAAGUGGAACGCCAGACAUUAUCUCUGGAAGAGUCCGAGGGGCGUCCAAAGACUUGAUGGCAAAGAAGCGCAAGCUCCAGCAAGCGCCGCCGUUGCCAGCAGAGGUUGUUUGGAAGUUGGAGGGCCUGAUGACAGAGCGGAUCCAGCCCAAGAUAAAGGCCAUCUUGGGGUUCAUGCUAUUUUGUAUGUUUUCCUGCUCCAGGUUUGCCGACGCUGCACGUGCUCAGAGGCCGGUGAUAUCUCAAUUUCAACAUGUCAUUUUGGUGGAAUCUUCUAGCAGUGAAUACAAGACAGCAUCUGGUGAACGGCGGUCAGUUUUGCUACCACUUGCUGCUCUUGGGACAGGGUUGAGUGGAACAGGCUGGGCGCUAUCUUGGAUGAGUGCCAGAAGACCGUGUGGACUGGGUGCAAGUGAUUGCAUGAUGCCGGCAGACUCUGAGUCCCAAAACAGUUGGCUUGAAAGGAGAAUGACACCGGCUGAGGGUUCCUAUUGGUUGAAGGACCUGCUGACCAUGACGGGCAUGUCUGAGGGUGAAGCUUCUCUAUACUCCACCCACUCCCUGAAGGCCACGGUUUUGAGCUGGGCUGCCAAAUCAUCGACCUUUGGUUGGCAAGAGAGGUUGGUACUGGGGCACCACUUGGAUGAGGAGACCAAAAUAGCGGUAGUGUAUUCGAGAGAUGCCAUUGCUGCAGUGAUGGUGAAGGUCCUUAGAAUGCUGGAGACGAUACGGCAAGGGAUUUUCGACCCGGAUGCAAGUCGAGCUGAGAGAAUUGCAAUGGCAACUGGGCUUACUCAACUCCCUGACAAUUUACCUGAGCAGAAUGACAUGGAGCGUGAGCUGGAAAGGAGACUGGCCUGCGACCAAGAAAACAGCCAGGUGAUUGAGUCAGAUAUCGAAGAGGACAACAUAGUAGAGAAGCCCAUCAAGAUUCCAGGUGAAUCUGAAAUGCUGGCACAAUCAUGCUUUCCGCCCAUUGACCUGGACCAAUGCGUGGUGCACAAAUUAUCUGGGAUAGUGCAUGGAAAGGAGACGACCGCUAGUCUCUUGUGUGGACGAGCUUUAUCCACCAACAUGCGCCCAGUGGAUUUCCCUUGGAGUGAAAGAGACGCUCAUGAAUUUUGUGAGCAAUGCAAUAGGGCACUGCACCGUGCCUGA